CUGUUCCUAGCCAGUUGUCUCUGUCCGUAUAAUUUAAUUAUAUACUACAAGGCAAUAAUAAAGACAUGAAACUAAAUAGACAAGCUGGCUUGAAUUGGCCAGGUAAGCUGAAGCCUCAUUCUAAAAAUGAAAAAGAAAGAAAUUUAAGAGAGUUGAAAAAAUUGGAGAAUGUUAGAAGAAAAUUACUAUACGCUAUCAGAUAGAAGGAAAGCCCCGCGGGGUGGGAUAUAAAGCUACAAGUGGAUCAUUUCUGUCUGAAGCCCAUCCAUAGAUUAAAACGUUGUCUAACCACUCCACUGCGCAUCCCUACAACAUGAUGUUAGAUAAGGUUGAAUAUCCUCCUUCCACACAGGAGCCCUUUUUCUCCAAUCUCGACGCACUCGCAGCCACGAGAAAGAAGAAGAACAAGAACAAGAGGAGGUUUAGUGAUGAACAAGUUAAAUCAUUAGAAUCUAUGUUUGAAUCCGAGUCAAGGCUCGAGGCUCGAAAGAAACUUGAGCUUGCUAAAGAGCUUGGCUUGCAGCCAAAACAGGUUGCAAUAUGGUUUCAGAAUAAGAGAGCUAGAUGGAAGUCCAAGCAGCUUGAAAGAGAUUAUGGUAUUCUACGAGCCAAUUACAAUAGUUUGGCUUCCAGGUUUGAGACUCUGAAGAAGGAGAAGCAGGCGUUGGCAAUUCAGUUGCAGAAGCUAAAUGAUCUGAUGCAGAAGCCAAGAGAGGAAGGCGAGUGGUGUGGGCAGGGAGUAGCUGUGAAUAGCAGUGAAGGUGAAUCGGAAAAUGGAGACACCAAAAAGUGUGAUUCAGAAGCGAAGCCCAGCUUGUCAUUUGAAAGAUCAGCACAUGGAUUGGGAGUUCCUUCAGAUGAAGAUGAUAGAAUAAAGGUUGAAUAUUUUGGAUUAGAGGAAGAACCCAACCUUAUGAGCAUAGUGGAACACGCUGAUGGAUCAUGGACAUCACAAGAAGAUUGGGGAAGUUUAGACUCUGAUGGCCUUUUCGAUCAAUCUAAUAGUGGUUGUCAGUGGUGGGAUUUCUGGGCUUGAUUUAAUUUAAAGGAAACUAUAUAUAAGAGCGAAGCAUGGACUAAAUUGGCAAAUAAUCUUUGGAUGAGGAGCAUCAAGAGAAGAACAUUUCAGUAAAAUGCAAAGAUGGAGGAAAUGAAUUGGAAUUUUGCGGGAUGCAAAUAGAAACUGAUCAGACUACGCAACUGCAAAAGCUGCCACGGUGAUGUGAAUUCUCCAAACCAUAGCUGCCUCUGAAAUUAAUGAAGUUGUGCUCCGUGCAUAAAAGUAGGAAGCCAACACUCGGAUGGUUGUAUGUGAAUGAGAGAAGAAGAGAGACACAAAUCUUGCACAAAUACGCACCUUCAGAUACACAAACUUGUACUCCGUAUAGCUACAAGUAGUUGGUGUUAUGCUAUCUGAUAUUCAGUAUAA